CUCUAUAUUUUGCGAUAAAACUGUCCCAAAAAAGCUAGAAACGUUUUUUGGUUCACAGCUGAUUUUGCGCAUGCGUAGUUGUUUAUUUCGCAAUGCUUGACUGGUUUACGAGGAGAAAAGGGAAAAUCUUGCACGACAGGCAUAGAUUUAGUUUUCAAUUACUUAGGCCUAUUUCUUCUUUGUUUUACCAAUUUGUUUUAUAUUGAUUAUUCUUUUUGUACAUUUAUGGUUUUGUCCAUAUGCUCAUCAAUGUGCAAAUAUAUUUUACGGUGUUUUUCUUCUUACUUAAAUCCGUUAUUUUUACAUAAAAUGCGUCCAAUAAACUAGCUAAAUAAUUUGUAAACGAUACCAUAUACCGUAAGUUCGUAACGUAUAUAACCGUUUGAAAUUUUGCAUUUCUGUAACUCAAUAGUUCUACACAAACCUUUAAAGAUACCUUACGCCCUAAGAUCAUUCACCUAAUAUAAAACGAUACUCAAUAACUAAAGUAAUACCUAUUUUUCCCAUAGCCUGUAGUAAGUGAUAUAUAUAUGUAUAUAUAGUUAUUAUGUAACACAUACAAACCAGUAAAAACUUCAAACUGGUGUUUUGAGAUGGAGGAAGGAAAAAAUAAUAAAAAAGACUUUACGGGUGAUCGUGAGUUACAGGAUCACAGUCCGGGAAAAUGGUUUAGUAAUUGGGAGGAGCAAUGCUUACUGCAGGCUGAAGUGGAAGCUGUUGAUGAAGCAGCACUGACUUCAGAGCGCCGAACACUGGAACAAAAGCUCUGGCUAUCCUUUCAAACCACUGCAUCUGCUAUUGCGCAACUAUACAAAGAUCGUGCUCAGUCUUCAGAUGAUUUGUGGGUUUCGUUCCAAAGUGCUGCUGAGUUCGCAACCAACAUGUACAAAGACAGCGUCGAGGGCUGUAAGAACAUGACAGAAGUUGCUGCUCAGCGAGGAUAUCAUAGAAGAAAUAAAGAAGUUUUAUCAUGGGCUAAGAAAAAACGAAGACAUAUAAGACGAGAGGAUUUGAUUGGUUAUUUAUGUGGGAGAUCCCCACCCCAUCGUGGGUCGCGACCCAGUUCAUCCCAUCGACCCCAGGAAGCGAACCGUGACAGUCGUCUUCAAACUUUUAGAGAAGCAGUUUCUAUGAAUGGUUUAAAUGGAGCAAUGGCUGGAAUAAGUUUUGGUGGCGAUUCCCCAUUACGACAAACAUCAUCUAGAAACACACAAACUUUCCAUCCUGACCUACCAGCUUUUUUAUCAGAGGAAUUCCAGCGUCGAAAUGACCUUUUGGCGCCAUCUUCUCCAUCUAGAAAAAGAGCUUCAGCUUCUGGCCAUGACUCAAAACCUUCAUCUCCUAAACGUAGAAAAUAAUCUUCGAAAUAAACUAUGCGGUGUUUGUGGUAGUUUCCUUUUUUAAAUACACUUUAUUUUAAGGUGUUUCUUACACGCUUGUGUGUAUUUGCUUAGUCAUCACGUUUUUAUUUUAUUCUCCAUAAACAAUAAACCCUGCCCAGUCUCAAAAUAUAGAAACAAUUUUGUUUUGCUUUGUUCUAAUUUCCUCUGUAUCUGUGUUUGUGUGUGACCUUGUUAAAUAUAACGUCUCGUCGAUUUAUGAUUCUACAAACCCA